AUGCCAUCAUCAUCCGCAACGAAGAAGACAGCGAAGAAAACAGCGAAGAGUGAUCAGUCUAUGGCACCUUCUAAACCACCAUCUAAAGCACCUAAAACACAGCCCAAGAGCAUCCUCAAGAAGAAGGAGGCGGUACAAGAGCCGAGCAGCGAAGACGGGGAGAGUGAUGAGGGUGACGUGGAGGGCGACAGCGAGAGUGAUUUAGACAGCGAUGUAGACGCAGACUCUGAUGCCUCCGCGUCGUCCGCCUCCUCUGGAUCAUACACCACGCUCAAACCAAAGAAACGCAAGCGCAAGAAUAACGAAACAGAGGCAAACACUUUCGCUAGUGCCCUCACAAACCUCGCAGACACCUCAGCCACAUCGGCGAAAAACCUCGAAAUUCUCCCGCAAGCCAACAAAUCACUCAAGAAGCACAGGAUGCAAUUGAAGGCGCAAAAAGUGUUGCGUGACGAGGCCAAACACAAGGAAGAUAUUGGCAGAGUGCGCGAUGUUGUUAGUGGCUGGGCUGUGCCGUCAACGGUGAUCAAGGGGGGUGAAGGAGGUGCAGACGCAGACAACGCAGUAAACGCACAUGUUGACUCCGGCGCCGCCAAGGAAAAGAGACUGAGGAAGGUGGCACAGAAAGGUGUCGUGCGCCUAUUCAACGCAAUUCUCGCAGCUCAGAAAGCAGAGAGUGGCGCUAAAGUGGUUGAUAAGGAGAAGGAUAGGGGACUGGGUAAGCAGAGGCUUGAAGCACCCGCUAAUUUCCCAUCGCAAAACAAGAAGCAGGCUAAGAACACAGACACUGUAGCCAAGAAUGCUUUCAUGGAUGCCAUACGUAAGGGAUGA